AUGCAGCCACAUGUUGGAGCCACACCUGGUUUCUCCGGUCGGGGUCGAGGUCGGAAUCCGACAGUCACCAGCAGACGUUCUCCACGCUUGCCCUGCUUAUUGCCUCUGCUAUAGUAAUGAGUCUUAGAAAAAGGAGAAUUCCCAAGUGAGAAGAGCAAGCUGUUUAAGAAAGAAGAAAACGGUUAUCGUUGAUCUUUUGCAACUUCAUAUGUUUUUCAACCUUCUCAAUCUUGCUAUCAUUACUAUGCUCCGUACUCGAGUUUUGAGAACUGUGAACUAUUCUCGUCGACGGACAGAACCGCAUUCGCAAUGCGUUUAUUAAUUGAUGGGCACGGACUAUUUAAUAGUCUAUCAGGCAAUAUAGCUUGUGAUGUGCGAGAAGGGUAAAUGGCAUACAAAUUUAAAGUUUCAUCGACCUAUUAAUUGCAAGGAUAGGUGGCAAGCCAUGUAAAAAUCGAUAGUGAAUUUGUCUUGAAAUUUAUGUUCGGGCAGAAAUAAAGAAGUAUUCGAUCUCUUCUGCGUUAGUCGCUGCUGGAAAAGGGCAGCAAAGAAAUCUUUACUAGUUUUGUUUUUUCCUGAAAUUUUGGAUAAGAUAAAAAAAUAUGUGGUCAAGAGUAGAUAUUGACGAAUUUGGAGAAAGGAAAGUGAGCGAUCUGAAUCUAUGCAUGAAGUUGUCUCAGUCUCAUUUAGUCUAUAUUGGUUUUUUCAACAGGCGGACAAGAGAGGGCAGAAAAAGGCCAUACUCAGACAAAGUAGUGGCCAUUGCUAGAUAUGGAUACCAAAAUAUUAAUAGUUAACCCUAUACAAAGCGACACUAUAUUAGAAGUCUGACAUGGGAGAUUAACAAAAUUGUCCUUCGAAAUGGUGAAUUUUUUUAUCUUGCAUGCAACUCAUACAUAUUAUUAUCCUUGGAGGGAAGGAGAUCCGGUUUUUCAGACAAUUACGCAUCGAAUAGAGAUUAUCUACAAUUUGCUGCAUUAUUCUGAGAGUUACAUUCAAAACUCGGAUAGAUGCAGUCCCUGAAUAGAUAUAAAAUAAUGUAAUAUUGGAUAGCGGGAGAGAGUGUGCCUCAGAUAGCCGGAGACAGCGUGAGCGAGCGAUAUCUCAUGAGAGAUCGCUCGAAGAGCUUUUCGGAUAAAGAAGUUAAAUGAAAUUUCGUGCAUGAAAUGAAGUACGAAUUUCUCCACCUAGAUGCUUCACCAUGAAGAUUAUCCAUUUGAUAGAAAAAACUCUAUAUCCAUUGAGCGUGAUAUUGACUUUGCCCAAUGUGAAGUUGUCUGCAUCCGUUGUUUGGAACCAUUUUAGACAGUUACGCAAAAUAUAAUUGUUUCAUGUGAGUAGUUUCCUCGAAACAUACUCUUUGAAAGGUCAAAGGAAAGUACAAAUGGAAGUGAUAGAUAUUGCCAUCAAAUUUCUCGCGUUAAAUUAACUGGAAUGGAUCGUUCUCUUAAGAAAAGGUAUCUAAAUAAACAUGCUCAACUAGUAAACCCCGUCAUCCUCUUAUCCGACAUGCUGAAAGGAUUAUUUAAGACUAAAAUAUGAACGCUGUGUAACUCAUCAUCUGAAGCAAAGGACGAUUUCAUGCGGUGAGGUAAUCCUAUUUUCAAACGAAUACCAAUGAUAUACCAGUAAUAUGAGUAUAUGCCAAGGUAUUUUCCAAAAGUCAGAGCUGCAUUGGUCCUCUGGCGAAUUACAUCGAAAUCCAUUGCCUUAAUAUGGUUUUGAAAAUGUAUCUCCAGGCCCAUUGGAUUUGGUGGCGUACGGUGGAGAAGUGGAGGCCCACCUUCUUCCAAACCCAAGUCAGACCUUAUCCGUGAACGCUGUUUUGUUCCACGAAUCGCAGCAGUGAACGACAUUGUCUGAUCAAAAUGUCGCUCCGGGUGUUCCCUAUAAAUAACGGGCACGAAGGAAACUCGAAGCACCAGUCUUCCCGCGUCUCUUGUCCGCCAUCCACGACUGGGGUAUCUGGGAAUUCAAGAGGAGGGACGGAAAGAAAGAUGGCUCCAACCCGUCUGGCAGUGAUCCUCACCAUCCUCGUCUCUGGACUGGUCCUCUUGUCGACCGUCGCAGACGCCGGCGAGCCACCUGCGCCCCCAGGUGAGAGCGGUUUAGUGCGCUUUACUUUGAGUCUCCUUCCAGUUAAUCUGUUUUGCGGUGGAAAUGGGCGGAGCUCGUACUGUUAAACGCACGCAAGCUUCUUUUUAAUGAACCUUUUUUCAGGUGCCCUCAGCGUAGCGGUGGAGGGGAACUCACAGCCCCUUGCAACCUCAUCCGUGUACUACUGCUGUCUUCGUUGCUGCCGUUUCUAUGCCGGGAGGUGCCUUGUUUGUUGUCACCGUCCGAUUAUUAGUACGAAGCCGUGUUGCAGGAAAUGCUGCAAUAGUGUUGGCGGCUUCUGCCUUAAGUGCUGCUAG